AUGGGGACGGUGCACGCCCGGGUGAGAGGCCCAGUGAUCCUGGGCUGUGUAGCCUCUGGGCGGCAGGCCCGCGGGGAGACGUUCGGGGUGCUCCCGGGUUUCCCGUGGUGCGGGGGCGGCGAGGCCGGGAGGGAACCGGGACAGGGCCAGCCCUCAGCAGGCAGCAGACCGCCGCGGCCGAGUGAGGGAGACCGCAAAGGUUUCGCCCUGGGCCCGCGGGUCUCGGGGACGGCCGCGGUUGCGGCUUCUCUGGCUGUGGACCCUGCCGACUGCAUUCACGGCAAGUGCCGGCCGAAUGAGGGAGAGUUCCGGGUGGUGGUUCAACAUGUUCAUUUCGAUGGACUUGGGAGGACUAAAGAUGACAUCAUCAUGUAUGAAAUUGGAGAUGUUUUUAAGGCCAAAAACCUUAUUGAUGUGAUGCGGAAAUCUCACGAGGCUCGUGAAAAAUUGCUCCGUCUAGGAAUUUUCAGACAGGUGGACGUUUUGAUCGACACAUGUCAAGGUGAUGAUGCCCUUCCUAACGGCUUAGACGUCACGUUUGAGGUGACUGAGUUAAGGAGAUUGACAGGCAGCUACAACACCAUGGUCGGGAACAAUGAAGGCAGCAUGGUGCUUGGCCUCAAACUCCCUAAUCUUCUAGGGCGGGCAGAAAAGGUGACCUUUCAGUUUUCCUACGGGACAAAAGAAACAUCGUAUGGCCUGUCCUUCUUCAAGCCACAGCCUGGAAACUUCGAAAGAAAUUUCUCUGUAAACUUAUAUAAAGUUACUGGACAGUUCCCUUGGAGCUCACUUCGGGAGACGGACAGAGGGCUGUCAGCCGAGUACAGUUUUCCCAUCUGGAAGACCAGUCACACGGUGAAGUGGGAAGGCGUGUGGCGGGAACUGGGCUGCCUCUCGAGGACAGCGUCCUUUGCUGUGCGGAAGGAGAGUGGACACUCACUCAAAUCCUCUCUCUCGCACGCGAUGGUCAUCGACUCUCGGAAUUCUUCCAUCUUACCAAAAAGAGGGGCCUUGCUGAAAAUUAACCAGGAGCUGGCGGGCUACACUGGCGGAGACGUGAGCUUCCUCAAAGAAGAUUUCGAGCUUCAGUUGAAUAAACAGCUCAUGCUGGAUUCAGUCAUCUCGGCCUCUCUGUGGGGUGGAAUGUUGGUGCCCAUUGGUGACAAGCCUUCAAGCAUUGCUGAUCGGUUCAUACUUCGUGGCCCUGAGAGCAGCCUGGUUUCACCUGUGGCCUUGUUCUGUUCUGAUCCAGGAGACUACCUGGGUGGAGAGGCGUACUGGGCCGGCGGCCUGCACCUCUACACCCCUCUCCCUUUCCGGCCGGGCCAAGGAGGCUUUGGAGAACUUUUCAGAACACACUUCUUCCUCAACGCGGGCAACCUGUGCAACCUCAACUAUGGGGAGGGCCCCAAGGCCCACAUCCGCCGGCUGGCUGAGUGCAUCCGCUGGUCGUACGGCGCUGGCAUCGUCCUCAGGCUGGGCAACAUCGCCCGCCUGGAGCUGAACUACUGCAUCCCCAUGGGCGUCCAGAAGGGCGACAGCUUCAGGCUGUCAUGCUUCUCAUUCCACAAGUGGCAGGACGGGCUGGGAACCCGUCGGAGGGCAGAGCUUCGCUCCCAGUCACAGGGCCAUUCUCCAUCCUCUCGGCACCGGGAGCAUGUCCCCUGCACCCCCGGCCUUAGCCCUUUCCCGGUUAUUUUACGGAGGGAAGAUGUGCUGAGCAGCCGUUGA